GCGCUUCCUUCCGGCCGCCAUUUUAGUUGCUGUGCCUGGCCUCGCGGCACCGCUGCUGUUGCUGCUGUUCGAGGAGCGGAGAGCGCGUCCCGCCGCACCCAGCCCGUCCGCCGCCCCGCCUGCCGCCGCCACCGCAGCGAGCGGCUGCUCGCCACCCCGCUCGCCACCCUCCCCGUCGCCAUGUCCAAGCGCCACCGCCUCGAUUUGGGGGACGAUUACAGCUCCAGCAAGAAACGCAGCACCGAUGGGAAAGACCGGGAUCGGGACCGGGAUCGUGAUGACCGUUCUAAAGAUCGUGACAGAGAUCGUGACAGAGAUAGAGAUCGUGACAGAGAAAGGGACAAGGAAAAAGAUUUGCGCUCUACGUCCAACUCUGCAUAUUAUGGGGCUGCUGGGUUACCAGCCAUAAAACCAGCAAUGAUUCCACACAGUAUUAAUCCUUUCACGAAUCUCCCCCACACGCCACGAUACUACGACAUCCUGAAAAAAAGGCUACAGCUUCCCGUCUGGGAGUACAAAGAAAGAUUUACGGAUAUUUUGGUUAGGCAUCAGUCAUUUGUGCUGGUUGGAGAGACUGGGUCUGGUAAAACAACACAGAUCCCUCAAUGGUGUGUUGACUACAUGCGCUCAUUACCUGGACCAAAGAGAGGAGUAGCAUGUACCCAGCCUAGGAGAGUAGCUGCAAUGAGUGUGGCACAGCGGGUGGCUGAUGAGAUGGAUGUCAUGCUGGGCCAGGAAGUUGGUUACUCAAUUCGAUUUGAAGACUGCAGUAGUGCAAAAACCAUUUUGAAGUAUAUGACUGAUGGUAUGUUACUUCGUGAAGCAAUGAAUGAUCCUUUGCUGGAGCGCUAUGGAGUUAUAAUUCUUGACGAGGCCCAUGAGAGAACACUGGCUACUGACAUUUUGAUGGGUGUUUUGAAGGAAGUUGUAAGACAGAGGUCUGAUUUGAAGGUUAUAGUUAUGAGUGCCACUUUAGAUGCUGGCAAGUUUCAGAUCUAUUUUGAUAACUGUCCUCUUCUAACUAUCCCGGGUCGCACCCAUCCUGUGGAGAUCUUCUACACUCCAGAACCAGAAAGGGACUACCUGGAAGCUGCCAUUCGUACAGUGAUACAAAUUCACAUGUGUGAAGAGGAAGAAGGAGAUCUCUUACUUUUUCUUACAGGACAGGAGGAGAUUGAUGAAGCCUGCAAGAGGAUAAAACGUGAAAUUGAUGAUUUAGGCCCUGAAGUUGGCGACAUCAAAAUCAUUCCAUUGUAUUCCACCCUUCCGCCACAGCAGCAGCAAAGGAUUUUUGAACCUCCCCCACCCAAAAAACAAAAUGGAGCAAUAGGAAGAAAGGUGGUUGUGUCCACAAAUAUUGCUGAGACAUCAUUAACAAUAGAUGGUGUUGUAUUUGUGAUUGAUCCUGGCUUUGCAAAACAGAAGGUGUACAAUCCUCGUAUCAGAGUGGAGUCUCUCUUAGUGACUGCCAUUAGCAAAGCUUCCGCGCAGCAGCGAGCUGGCCGUGCUGGUCGUACUAGACCAGGCAAGUGCUUCAGGCUGUAUACAGAGAAGGCUUACAAAACUGAAAUGCAGGACAACACAUACCCUGAAAUUUUGAGGUCUAACUUAGGAUCUGUAGUAUUGCAGCUCAAGAAGCUUGGUAUAGAUGAUUUGGUGCACUUUGAUUUUAUGGAUCCUCCAGCUCCUGAAACUCUGAUGAGAGCAUUAGAGCUUUUGAAUUACCUGGCUGCUUUAAAUGAUGAUGGAGACUUGACUGAGUUGGGAUCUAUGAUGGCUGAAUUUCCAUUGGACCCACAGCUGGCUAAAAUGGUUAUUGCAAGUUGUGACUACAACUGCUCUAAUGAGGUCCUAUCAAUUACUGCCAUGUUGUCAGUCCCACAGUGUUUUGUUCGCCCCACGGAAGCAAAGAAAGCAGCAGAUGAAGCCAAGAUGAGGUUUGCCCAUAUAGAUGGAGAUCAUUUGACGUUGCUGAAUGUCUACCACGCUUUCAAACAAAAUCAUGAGUCGGUUCAGUGGUGUUAUGACAACUUCAUUAACUACAGGUCCCUGAUGUCUGCAGACAAUGUACGCCAACAGCUGUCACGAAUCAUGGACAGAUUUAAUUUGCCUCGUAGAAGCACAGACUUCACCAGCCGAGACUAUUACAUCAACAUAAGAAAGGCAUUAGUUACUGGCUAUUUCAUGCAGGUGGCACAUUUGGAACGAACAGGGCAUUACUUAACAGUAAAAGAUAACCAGGUGGUGCAGUUACAUCCCUCCACUGUUCUUGACCAUAAACCAGAAUGGGUGCUCUAUAAUGAGUUUGUCCUUACAACAAAGAAUUACAUCCGGACAUGUACAGACAUCAAGCCAGAAUGGCUGGUGAAAAUUGCCCCUCAGUACUACGACAUGAGCAAUUUCCCACAGUGCGAAGCAAAGAGACAGUUGGAUCGGAUCAUUGCCAAACUGCAGUCCAAGGAAUACUCACAGUACUGAAUUUGUGUGUUGAACUGAAGUUAUUCAGAGGACAGCUUUAAGAGAUGAAAGGAUUCAAAGUUCAAGUUGUGCUCUUCACUUUGGUUCAAUAAUGGCCUUUAUUUUGAAAGCUUUUUAAUUUUUCUUUUACAGUAAAUAUUCCAUUCUGAUUUCAUAAAUUAAACAUUUAUGCCUCCCUUUUUGUGUUGACACUGUAGCUCAUACUGGAAAAGCUGAUCAAUGUUUUGCAGUUUAUUGAAAGUAGUUCUAUAUAUAACAAUGUUAUAAGCAUUUCUUUAGAAAUGGUUGAAAAUGCUUCUAAAAAAUGUGAUUAUCGACCAUGGUAUGCAUGAUCGUUGUAAUUGUUGACAUUCCUUUUAGAAGUUGUGAGAUGUUACAACUUGUGCUUCUGUAGACACAAUCUUCGGCUUCAGUACAAAGGUACUGACUUCAAUAAAGUCUAUUUAUACUAAUUUGGUGCCACAGUAUGUCAGUAUUUCUACUGUUCUGAUCAAAACACGAGCAGCCCUUCGGUCUCCUGUCGAACUGCUGCUUUGUUGGUGCGGCAGCGGUCGGAUGUUUUGCUCCGAGGAGCGUGGAUGCUUAAGCGGCACAGCCACAGUGACAGCAGGAUAAUGCAGACGCUGUUGGGCCCUUGCAAACUUGUUUAAAUUAUGUGAGGAAGUGUUUUAAAACCGAGAUGCAUGCAGAUGUCUUUGGAGAAUGCUUUCUUCAAAUGCAUUCCUAGAUGUUUCUUGGGCAGGACUGUAGUUGUGUCUCCUGUAAAGUGAAGUGUCUGUAGCCACUGAGAAAUGGCUCUGCUGGGUGACGUUCAGGUACAGUUCAGGGUCAACACAAAUAAAACUGUGAGCAGCACUGUAGGCAAGGUGCCUCCAUUGUAACUUUGUAGUGGUUUUUAGUGCAACAGACUUGAUGGUAUUUUCCAUUUGGGAAAACUAAGCCCACAUGGAAUGUACAGUCAGAUUUGGUCUGGAACCCCUCUGCUGUGAGGACAGGCUGAGAGAGUUUGGGUAAUUCAGCCUGGAGAAGAGAGAGCACCAAGGAGACCUCCUUGUGGCCUUUCAGUACUUAGGGACCUCUAGGAAAGCUGGGGAUGGACUUUUUAGCAGGGUCUGUUGUGAACAGGACAAAGGUUGAUGGCUUGAAACUAAAAGAGGGGAGGUGU